AUGGACUCUUCAGAGAUCCCUUCAGCGAUAUUGGGCUGGGAUUGGGGCAGCACCGCAAUCAGAGUCAGUCUACUCGUUUUCCAAGGUGGUGAGCGGAUUAUACAAGAAGUAUUCAACACAGAAUCUCAUCCCGGGCACGAUGAGCGGUACCAAAAGGGUGCAUUCAACUCGGCCCUGUAUCUAGACGGCAAGGGCGACGUGUAUCCUGGUGAAAGAAUGGACGACAAUCGAAUUGCCACCCCAUCCAAGGAACUUUUCAGUAUGAAUUCAACCGCCAGCAAUAGUUUCAAGGCUAUCAAUAAGAGCCUGAACCGGGUGAAAAGCAGUAGCUCCCGAGAGCUUAUUUACAAAGGAAUGGAGGCCAUCGCCAGAGCUGUUCUUCAACAAGUACAAAGUCACUGCCAAGGAGGGUAUUUGCACGGUCGCAUGCUCAGCGGGGUCAAGAUCCGUCGGAUUGGGCUGUCCUAUCCAGCAUUCUGGAGGCAAGAGGAGCGUACCUUCUACGAACAUAUCAUUCGAAGAGUCAUGCCUGAGUUCCCGAACAUUUUCACAAACGACACAGAUGUGGACUUCCAUGUGGAAAGUCUGGCUUCAGCCCACAACUUAUUCUGGAACCAACGCCUCCACAAUAAGGUUCUUCAAAUCUCCGACAAACCUACAUUGUUAGUCUUCUUGGACUUUGGCGGCUACACGUUGAACGGCUGCAUGUUUAGCAUUGUCCAGGGUACGAAAGAGGUCUUUAGCUACUAUAGAGUAGGCGACACAUUCUGCACAAGUGGCGGCACUCAAUUGUGGGAGCGAGCCUUCGCAGACUUUGCAGCCAGAUACUUUGAGAUUCAGCAGGGAUUCAAGCUGCCUCCAAGAGAGCGGACGCAGCUUUUGCAAAGCUUUCAUCUGCAGAUUAAGAAGUUCGACUCAGAUGAGAUCAAUGAUAUGUCGCUGCAUGUCACAGAUCCGGAGAAUGCAACGAGAUCACGCACGGUGUAUCUUACGGCAGCACAAGCUGGGCGAUGCUUUUGGGACGGGAUGAAGCAACCCAUCGAUCUGGCGAAGGAGAAAAUUGCGGAGGCGGCGACUCUAAGCGACAGAGUUCGAGUUGUCGUUUCUGGCGGAAGCGGCAAGAGCUCCAUCGUUCAGGCUCAUGUCCAUGAUGCGUGCAGGAAAGCCAACAUUGAUGCUCCGUAUCCUUUUUACGAAAAGGCAGGAGAUAAAGAGUAA